ACAGUGAAUACACCACAAAGCAUCAACAAAUGUACACAAAUAUUUCCUUCAAAAAUACACAAAAAAAUAACUAUAAGGAGAAAUGACAACUGAUCAUGGAUCAAGAAACACCAUCUUGAUCAAUGUCUUAACUUGUGUCAUCUUGUUACCAUCAGUCAUCCUCAUGAUGAUGAAUCAUUGUGAAGGAUCUUUAUUGUCAUCAAGGAAGUAUGCAGAUGAGUGCAAUGGCACUAUGGCUGAGUGCCCAACGCUAGUCGAAGAAGAUGAAGAGUUUCUUACGGACACCGAAGAACAUCGACGGAUUCUGGCUGGCUAUAGAAAACCAACACCUAAACUUACUUAUCAUGCUCAAAAGCGUAAUCCAGUUUGCGGCAAAAAGUGUCCUGGUGCUUAUAAAGUUAAUAAGAAAAGGUCAUGCUUGAAGACGACUUACUGCAACCGCGGAGGAGGUGGCCACAAGGGGUUGCUUUGAAGUGAUUUUUGUGUUUGUUUCAUGUUUUUUAAAGUAUUUUAAUUUAAUGCUCUAGAUUGCUAAUCUUGUUUGUUUCACUUGUACGAAUCUAAAUGUUAAAAGUAUUCUAAGUA